CCAAUGACGGGGGGGCGCCGGGCCCGCCCCCGGCCGCAGGUGCCCAAAGCGGGCGAGCCGCACCACAGCACUCCCGGUGCCGGCCCGGUCCGGUCCGUCCCGUCGGUGCCGAUGGCGGCGCGAGGCGCGGGCCCGUGGCUGCUGCUGGCAGCGGUGUUAUGUGCGGCCGCGGAGCCGCGCUGCCCGUCGUGCGCGGCGGGCGCGGAGCGGCGGCUGCUGGAGGAGGCGGCCAAGCGGCAGCUGCUGGAGAAGCUGCGGCUCCGCGAGCGGCCGAGGGUCGCCCACGCCGUGCCCCGCGCCGCCGUGGCCCGCGCCCUGCGUCGGCUGCAGGCGGGCGGCGCCCGCCGGGGCUCCGACGACGACGACGAGCGGGGCUACGAGAUCAUCAGCUUUGCGGAGCCAGGGCCCGCAUCUCCCUCUGGCUUGGGGCUGCAGUUCCAGUUCAGCCGUACACAAGACCAGGACAUUUACAUCCUGCAGGCUCAGCUUUGGCUCUACCUUCGAGUUCCCCGAGACCUGGUAGCCAGCCUCACCCUGAGAAUCUUCCUUGCUGGUGGGGAAGGUGAUUUGGUGGGGGGCAAUCGUACGUUGCUGAGUGAGAGGCGACUGAGUGCUAAGGGCAGUGGCUGGCGCGCCUUCACCCUCAUGCCUGCCCUGCAGGGUUUCUUUGGGGGAGAGCGCAGGACCCUGUGGCUGGAACUGGAAAGUCACGGGGAUGGGGGUGAUAUCAUGGCAAUAGUCAAUGCCAGCCAGUCCCACCAGCCCUUCUUAGUGGCUGAGGCAAAGGUGCGGGAGCCAGGACACCACGUAGCCAAGCGCAGCCUCCGCUGCAGCCAGAACUCCAACCUCUGCUGCCGCAAGGACUACUAUGUGGAUUUCCGUGACAUAGGUUGGAACGACUGGAUAAUUAAGCCUGAGGGCUACCAGAUAAACUACUGUGUGGGCCAGUGCCCUCUACACGUGGCAGGCAGCCCUGGGAUGGCCUCUUCUUUCCACACAGCUGUCUUCAACCUCGUCAAAGCUAACAACAUCCAGGCAUCAGGGCACUCCUGCUGUGUGCCCACACGACGCCGGCCACUCUCUGUCCUCUACUUUGAUCGCAAUAGCAAUAUUGUCAAGACUGACAUCCCUGACAUGAUUGUUGAUGCCUGUGGCUGUAGCUAGGGUUGCAGGAGCCAUGCCAGGUACCCCCCUUCUCCAGGACUGCCUCCUGGGGAAGAGCGGGGAGAGCUCCCUUGAGCUGGAGUCAGACUGGUGCAAUGGACCCCUUUGGAAGGGAGGGAGGGAGAGGGUCUCAUCAGAGGGAGCGGGGGUUGUCUCUAAGGCAUGCAGGACAGAGCCGUGGCCACGUCAGACUGCCUGAGUCUGAGCUGUGGGUGGUUGAUGACUCUGGGCAUCCCUGCCCUGACUGGCAGCACCCCUCUGGUCCCAAGCCGAUACCACAUGUCUGGUGAUCGUGUUCCCUUCUGUGUUCAGGGUGAGGGUGCCCUGCUUUGUUCACACUGAGUGUCAGGUGAUGGUUUGGGACUCAGCCUCCUUGAGAGCAGAGUGGGAUGCAGGAACGGGUCUCUCUCCUCCAAGUGGGAAACUGGAGGACAAGAGGCAGUCCUGCUUUUCUCCCCUACUACAACAAAUCUUCCUGCAUCAGUUUUGGGACUACUGUUGGGGAUGGGGGAUUGAGGCACAAAUAACAGGCCUGGAAGAUGAGGAUGAAGAGUAUGACUUUGUCAAGAACCCCAAAACCACAGUGACUAGACACGGUCCUCUGGUCCCAGGAGGGCGUGGAGCUAUGAAGGAUGGCCUUGCUUCCUGGCAAGGUCCUGUGUAUUUCCCCUUUCAUUUCUGUGGGUUUUAUGCUUUUCCUCCCUGCUGCCUGCCCCACCAGUCAGGUCUCUUCCAGCCCAGUGCCUCCUUCCAAGGAGGUCUGACUCAGACUUUGCCUUUAAGACCAUAAUAAAGGUACAGAUUUUUUUUUUUACCUCUAGUUUUGCAGCUUUUACUACUUUUAUGGUAGAGGUUUCUGCAGCUGUUGGGACUCCCUAGUGCUCCAUCCUGUCUACCCACCUCUCUACUGAAGAUCCCACUCUGUCUUUGCCUUCCUGAUAUUUGUGUAUGCAAUGCACCCACGUGGCCUGUGCUUUUAAGUUAUUUGAACACUUUGGUGCAGCUUCCCCAAUAAAUGGGUGGAAAUGCAA